AAUACGUUUAUUUGUCAUCGUUCCGUGGUCGGCACCGGUUCACUCUCAUAUACAAACACAGUUACGCUAUAUCGUGUUGAGCGUAUUUUUCAAUUAAAAUAUAAAAAAAUGUUGUCUCUAAAUGAGGUAGUGAUAGCAUCAGCAGUGAGAACACCCAUAGGGUCGUUCAGAGGAAGUCUAGCUAAUGUUUCGGCUACAGAACUGGGUGGUAUAGCUGUGAAAGCAGCAGUAGAAAGGGCUGGUAUACCGAAAGAGGAAGUUAAAGAGGUUAUCAUGGGAAAUGUAUGUUCUGCUCGCCUUCAACAAGCACCAGCAAGACAAGCAGCUAUAUUUGGAGGUCUACCCACAAGUACAAUUUGUACGACGAUCAAUAAAGUUUGCUCAUCAGGCUUAAAAUCUGUAUUAUUCGCUACCCAAAGCUUGCAAACUGGAACUCAAGAUGUCGUUAUUGCUGGUGGCAUGGAAUCUAUGUCAAACAUUCCUUUCUAUUUAAAAAGAGGAGAAACGCCUUACGGAGGCAUGCAGUUAGAAGAUGGAAUUUUAUACGACGGACUGACUGAUGUUUACAAUCACAUACACAUGGGAAAUUGCGGUGAACACAUCGUUAAGAAGUUCAACAUAUCUAAAGAAGAACAAGACGAGCACGCGAUGAACAGUUACAGAAAAACAGAAGCCGCGUACAAAGCAAAGGCUUUUGAUGCUGAACUCGUGCCUGUAAGUGUGCCACAAAAACGAGGGAACGAUAUAAUAUUUGCUGAAGAUGAAGAACACAAAAAAAUAAACUACGACACGUUCAAAAACCUAAAGCCUGCAUUCGAAAAGGAAAAUGGGACGAUAACAGCUGGUAAUGCGGCAGGGUUAAACGAUGGAGGAGCUGCCCUUGUUAUGAUGACAAGUGAUGCCGCAAAAAGACUAAAAGUAAAACCUCUCGCUCGUGUCAUUGGAUAUGCUGACGGAGAAUGUGACCCCAUUGAAUUCCCAAUAGCGCCAUCGAUUGCUAUAACUAAUCUCUUAAAAAAAACUGGAGUUAAAGUGAGCGAAGUAGAUCUCUGGGAAAUCAAUGAACCGUUCAGCGUAGUGGCUAUUGCUAAUGGAAGAAUCUUAGGAAUUGAUUCAGAAAAAGUUAAUAUUCAUGGAAGUGCUGUGAGCUUAGGACAUCCGAUUGGUAUGUCUGGAUCCAGAUUGGUUGGACAUUUAUGUCACGUUAUGAAGAAAGGACAGAAAGGUGUAGCUACUACUUGUAAUGGUGGUGGCGGUGCUUCUGCCAUUAUGAUUGAAAAAUUGUAAAUAGUUUAACUAAAAUUAUGACGAAUUCUUCUUGUAUCUCAUUUUAAAAGACACUGUAGUAAUAUUGUAGCCUCUUACACAAAUUAUAAUAUAACAUUGUCGAAAGUG